AUGUAUGAUACGGUUUAUCGUGUUGAUGCUCAUGAAAGAGCAAGGAGGAUGAUUUAUCAUCCCCCAGCUCCGUUUCAGCGGCGUCAUUUAGAUAAAGCUGAAGUAACAGUCAGAGAUCUUCUUGGUUUGAAGGAGUAUGAAGAAGUUGAAGAGUCAAACCGUAUCAAAACAGCUGAAGGCACAGAAGUUUUACGCUUACAAGAGAAGUUCUUAGGUGUUCCUGUUUUUGAUGCUUCAUUAACUGUUACAGAAGAUAAUGACAGACAUUUGACUGGCGAUGCAACAGGAUCAUUUAUUCAAGGAAUUGAACAUGAUAACACAAAUGCAUUGAACUUAUGGGAUGACCUGAUAACAAGUAAAGAUACCAGUUUACUUAGUUUACCAGAAGAAAAAUCUCCAGAUCUUCUUGGUUUGAAAGAGUAUGAAGAAGUUGAAGAGUCAAACCGUAUCAAAACAGCUGAAGGCACAGAAGUUUUACGCUUACAAGAGAAGUUCUUAGGUGUUCCUGUUUUUGAUGCUUCAUUAACUGUUACAGAAGAUAAAGAUGGACAUUUGACUGGUGAUGCAACAGGAACAUUUAUUCAAGGAAUUGAAGAUGAAAUUACAAAUGUAAAACCAAAACUUUCAAAAUCAGAUGUCUUUGAUAUUGCUUUUAAAGCAGAGGGAGACGAGAUUUAUGCAAAUAGUAUCCAGCCAGAAUGCAAAAUUAUAAUUUUCAUGGAUGAAAAGAACAAACCUCGAUUAGCAUACUAUAUUAAUUAUCGAAUAGAAAAUAAGAAAGUUAUCAAACGGCCUACCUUUGUUAUUGAUGGUAACACUGGAGAAAUACUGUUGAAAUAUAACAAUUUAAAUACCAUUUCCAGAGUACUGACUGGUUCCGGUGGCAAUGAAAAAUCAGGAAUAUACAAAUUUAGUGAGAAAAAUCACAAAGCUUUUGUAACUCAAGUUGGUAAAAUGUGUUUCCUUGAAAACAAUUAUGUGAAGGUUAUGGACAUGCAAAACAGUUAUGGGGAAGUCUCUAAUAAUACAGACCCUAUUUAUUAUGUUUGUGACGCUGGUUUUAAUGAUAGUGCCAAUGGAGCCAUAUCUCCUGCACUUGAUGCUGUCUAUUAUGGUAGUAUGGUAUCUCAGAUGUUUCAAGAAUGGUAUAAUAUUUCAAUACUAAACAAACAAGCUAUAUUGCGUGUUCAUUACGGGGAAAAUUAUGAAGGUUCAUACUGGAAUGGGAAAUAUUGUACAUUUGGUGAUGGCCAUACACGCUUUUAUCCUUCAACAGACGCUGAUGUUGUUGCACAUGAAUUUGCCCAUGGUUUCACAGAACAACACUCUGGAUUGAUUUACUUUAACCAGUCUGGAUCUAUGAAUGAAGCUUUUUCUGAUAUAACAGGGGAAGUCACUGAAGCUUACAUAGAUAAAAAUGACUGGCUAAUUGGCUUCUAUAUUGUGAAAGAUAAGAAAUCAUACAGAUUUAUGGCAGACCCAUCCUUGGACAAUAAAUCUAUAAGUCAUGUAGAUAACUUCACUCAAAACAUGAAUCCUCAUCAUGGAAGUGGGAUUUAUAAUUUUAUGUUUUACUACAUUGUGCACGAAUUAAAAAUGGAUAUCAAAGAAGCUUACCGAGUUUUCCUCAUCGCCAACGAAAUAUAUUGGCAUCCUCAUUCAGAUUUCACUUCUGGGGCUUGUGAUAUGCUGAAAGUUGCCUAUGAUCUUGGGAAAGAUCUAAGCCCUUUUAUUAAAGCCUUUGAACGUGUGGGAAUUAAACCAUGUGAUGUAGAGAAACAUAUUCGAAGAUUGACAUUGAACAGAACAGCCUCUGGUAUUAGAGUGUCAGUUAACGAAAACCCAGUCUUUGAUUUUGCUUAUCCAAAAUGGGCUUGGAAUAUUAUGAUUACAGCCACUAGUAUGUAUGGCAAAGUUCAUAUUAAGGUAUCAAAGAGCAAUAUGCUAACAGAGGGAAAUGGUUCUGAUCCAGUUACAUUGUUAGCUGAAGGCACAUCAAAACUGAAUUUGGGAAAGCUGGAAGGAAAUAAAUUUUUCGUCAUGUUGUCUCCGGAAUCUAGAGAAAAUUUGGAAAAUGUUAGCUUACGUGUUACUUAUUGGUGUAAUCCUCAUUUUGUUUCCGAGACAUAUAUUGAAGAGUUGAUGUAUCGGGAUAUGUGUGGUGAGGAUUAAGGUAUUAAAAAUUUAAUCAGACAUUUGUUUACUGGUUUCAAUAAUAAAUAUGUCCAAUAACUUACAAUUUAAUCAAUAAAUAUUUCAUAAUUGCUUACAUUUUCAGAUAGAUUUAAUCUUACAUUUAUGCGAAUGUUUAAUUGAAAACACAAAUGAAAAAUAUAAAUAAACAUAAUUUGAAUCUUAGAA